AUGCCGUCUACAGGUUUACUUAAGAUUAAUUUGUGUGAAAACAUCUCUGUGACUGCAGGUGUGUUUACAGAUGAAGUGAAGUCAGUGUCAGUGAUGGAGGGAGAUUCUGUUACUCUACACAUUGAUCUUACUCGUAUACAGAAAAGUGAUGUGAUUGUGUGGAACUUUGGCUCUCAAGAUUCUCAUAUAGCUAAAAUCAGCAGAGAAGCCAACAAAGUCUCAGUAUAUGAGGAUGUUCAUUAUGGGAUGUUCAGAGACAGACUGCAGGUGGAUGUUCAGACUGGAUCUCUCACCAUCACAAACAUCACAACUCAACACUCUGGACUUUAUCACAUAACCAUCAGCGGCCAAAAAAAGACGUCAUACACAUUCAACAUCACUGUCUAUACUCAUCUUCCUGUUCCUGACAUCAGCAGUUACUGUCCAAAAAACUCACCAUCAUCCUCAAGCUCAAAUUGUUCUGUGUUGUGUUCAGUGAUGAAUGUGACAAAUGUGAGUCUCUCCUGGUACAAAGGAAAGAGUUUAUUGUCCAGCAUCAGUGUGUCUGAUCUCAACAUCAGACUCUCUCUACCUCUGGAGGUGGAAUAUCAGGAUACAAACACAUACAGAUGUGUCAUCAACAAUCCCAUCACUAACCAGACUACACAUCUAGACAUCAAUCAACACUGUCAGCCGUGUUCAGGCGAGUCACAUGUGAUGUUUGUGUUUAUUCAAUAGCAGUUUUUCUGAGAUCAAACAGACUGAUUUAGUUACAGUAUACUGACUCUUAUUAUUCAUUACAGCUCCAACCUCUAAUCAUAAAGUUGUGAUCUGUUGUGUUGUUGGAUCUCUGAUGAUUGUUACUGCACUUCUGAUCUUCUGCAUCUGCAAGAAACACAAAAACACACAACAGAAAGGCAAGU